AUGCCCUGCUUUAAAGGGAUUGCUGUUAGCAUACAUGCCAACGGUGCCCCUCUUCCCGAGCAUGGUAUGCAAAAGCAGUCACGACUGUCACGCAUCAGCACCUAUAUACCCGUGCCUCAGCCAAGCAUCAACCCCGAUUCGAACAAGCCCGAGCCUGCCAAGUUCGCCAUAUCAAUCACCCUCUUGACACCCGGCUUGCCGAUCCCGUACUCGACUCCGAAGUCCACCGAGACGAACCCUUAUCCCAAGCCCCAGUUUGUCGGGGGCCUGCCCACCGCCGCUCAAGGUCCUUCGAAGUUCUCCGGAGUCGUCAACCCCUAUAUUCCCAUGACCAAUUCCGAGAAUGAGACUAUAGCCGCCUACAUAUACUUUGACGGAAGAUCCAAGGAGGAAGUCGCCACGCUUCUGCGACCGGGUGAGGAGACCUGGGUCAACAGUCGUUGGGUCCAGGUACCCGACUCUGAAGGUGGAGGUCUUGCCGAGCGUGAAUUUUUGUUCCGCGAAGUCGGCUUGGAGCGUUGGCUUAAUGGCUUGGACCUUCAAGGUCACGAUGCCGCAGAAAAGCUGGAACGCCGGCGCCAAAAGUUUGAGAAGCGACGUCGGAGGCAAAAGGCUACAACUGGAGCGACAAGCAUGCAAGUUGAGCAGGGCCCCAACGGCCCCAGAGACACUCUACGCUACGGUGCCGAGGACGGAUCUCCUGUUGAGGCUGUUUUUGGCGAGGACGACUCUGACUCCUUGUCCGACGAUGACGAGAUUCCUGAGGCAACUGGACAGAUCAAGGUGCUGAUGUUCCGUGUGCUUGCUUCUGGCGAAAUAAAAAAAGGAGAAUACUCUCCACAGUUCGAUGCUCAUGACGAUGACGAUGACGCGGAGUCCGGAAAGCAAGGCAAUGGAAAGAGCGGCGUCGAUGCUGAUGUGGAGCACACCACAAGCUUUGCUAAGCCCAAGACGUUGGAUCCGAAGACUAUUAGUACUCAGACCGUGACGGGUAUCGAUGGCCCCGACAAGCCAUAUGCUUCUUUCACAUUCUUCUACCGCGGAGAGAGGCAACUCCAAAAGAUUGGCAUUAUUGCUUCUUCAAAGGCAGCCCAGGCAACGCCGGGAUCUGCCAAACGUCGGUCUGGGCAGCUAGACUUUUCCAGCCUCGGCCCCUUGAAGACCUCCGGCACUGUUGGGUUUUCUGCCUUCAGAGACCAGGAUACAGAGGCCACCAGACGACGGAAAGCCCGCAAGAAGAGUAACGGCAACGUUGGGGGAGCUCUCAAUGACGACAGUGACGAAGAUGAUGACGAGAGUGAACUUCUUGGAAAGAUGCAGGACAUUGAUGAAAAGGACAUCAAUAACAAGCUCGCUCCCGAGGAUGUCAGAUCUCAAGGGGAGCUCGCUGAUGGUGUGAACCGUAUCCGACUCAAGAGAGCACACUCAGCCGAGCCCGACCGCUCCGAGAACGCAGGUGCCACGAAUAGCUCUGCAAACUCGGGCGCGUUCGGUAGUCCAUCGAUUGGUGCCGCAAGCGCUGCAGGUAAUGGCCAUCUUUCUGGGCGCGUGAACCAGGAACCUAGCAAUAAUGCUACGAUAGAGGGAACGAUUGGGAGCCCCCUGAAGAAACAUCGGCCGAGUAUUUCUGGCGGCGACGACCAAGUCCGAGCUCAGUCAAAUAACUCGGGGCUGAGCGAAGUCAUGAGCCGUGGAGUUCCGACACAGACAACUGCGCCGGCUACCUCGGGUACGAAUGUGGAAGAGGAAGAGCUGUGA